AUGUUAUGGGAUUCUCCCAACCGCAUCAUGGGUACCAAGCAUAACUCUGUGGGCUUCAAAACACGAAGUCCAUUGUCUAUAUUCAUUGUUAUCUGUUUGUGCUGUUUCUUUUACAUCUUGGGAGCUUGGCAGAAGAGUGGUUUUGGAAAAGGAGAUGGUAUAGCUGUACAGAUGACCAAGCAGACAGACUGCAAAAUCUUUACUGAUCUGAACUUUGAAACCCAUCAUAAUGAUGUUGAGAUAGUUGAGCCUUCUCAGCCGAAAGCCAAAGUAUUUAAGUCAUGUCAUGUUAAGUAUACUGAUUAUACUCCUUGCCAAGAACAAGAUCGAGCAAUGAAAUUUCCACGGGAGAAUAUGAUAUACCGGGAAAGGCAUUGUCCUUCUGAAGAGGAAAAACUGCAUUGUCUUAUUCCAGCACCCAAAGGGUAUACGACCCCAUUUCCUUGGCCAAAAGGCCGCGAUUAUGUCCACUAUGCUAAUGUUCCACAUAAAAGCCUAACGGUAGAGAAAGCUGUUCAGAACUGGGUUCAAUUUCAGGGUGAUGUAUUCAAAUUUCCAGGAGGAGGAACUAUGUUUCCUCAAGGUGCAGAUGCAUACAUUGAUGAACUUGCAUCAGUGAUCCCAAUAGCAGAUGGCUCUGUCAGAACAGCACUAGAUACCGGUUGUGGGGUUGCAAGCUGGGGUGCGUACCUGAUGAAAAGAAAUGUGUUGGCUAUGUCCUUUGCACCACGAGACAAUCAUGAAGCACAGGUACAAUUUGCAUUGGAGCGGGGAGUACCUGCUAUUAUUGGGGUUUUAGGUUCAAUACGUCUUCCGUACCCAUCAAGAGCCUUUGAUAUGGCCCAGUGCUCUCGAUGUCUAAUUCCAUGGACCGCAAAUGAUGGAAUGUAUUUAAUGGAAAUUGACCGCGUCCUCAGACCUGGUGGAUACUGGAUCCUUUCUGGCCCACCAAUCAAUUGGAAGACCUACUAUCAAACAUGGAAACGAUCCAAGGCUGAUCUCCAAGCCGAGCAAAGAAAGAUUGAAGAGCUGGCUGAAAGCCUUUGCUGGGAGAAAAAGUACGAGAAGGGAGAUAUUGCCAUUUUUAGGAAAAAAGUAAAUGACAAAAACUGCCGCAGGAAGCCUGCUAGUAUUUGUGAAUCAAAAGAUGCUGAUGAUGUCUGGUACAAGGAAAUGGAAACAUGCAAAACUACUCUCCCUAAAGUAACCAGUGCAAAUGAAGUUGCAGGAGGGGAAUUGAAGAAGUUUCCAGAGAGGCUUUUUGCUAUUCCUCCUCGAAUAGCCAAGGGACUUGUUGAGGGUGUCACAGCUGAAUCUUUCCAGGAGGACAAUAAACUUUGGAAAAAGCAUGUAAAUACUUAUAAAAGGAUCAAUAAGUUGAUUGGCACUACAAGAUAUCGGAACAUCAUGGAUAUGAAUGCAGGGCUUGGGGGAUUUGCAGCAGCACUUGAAUCCCCAAAAUCUUGGGUGAUGAAUGUGGUGCCAACAAUUGCUAAUAACACUUUAGGAGUUAUUUACGAGAGAGGUUUAGUUGGCAUGUAUCAUGACUGGUGUGAAGGUUUCUCAACGUACCCGAGGACAUAUGACUUUAUCCAUGCCAAUGGUGUAUUUAGUUUGUACCAGAAAAAGUGUAACCUGGAAGACAUCCUUCUGGAAAUGGAUCGUAUUUUGCGUCCUGAAGGGACAGUAAUCUUCCGAGAUGAAGUUGAUGUUCUGAAUAAGGUUAAGAAAAUUGCUGGAGGAAUGAGAUGGGAUACAAAAAUGAUGGAUCAUGAGGAUGGUCCCCUUGUACCUGAGAAGAUACUGGUGGUGGUUAAACACACAACGCCAACAAAGGGUGAUUUCGAGCCACUAACAAACGAGAUGGACCAUCAACACUUGGACAUGCUUAUCUGGAAAAUCUUGGUGAUCAGACCCACCCUAUCCCGCCUCGGUGGCCGACAACUGGACAAGGAGCCAGCAUCUACCUGUCGCUGCACCGAGUAUUUAGGAUGUGGAGUCGGCCAUGUUAUUUGUUGCUUAUUAGAGCUUGCCAAGGAGUCCAACAGGCCGAGGCCUGGCCCAAGGGAAGCACUGGAUUUUUCAUUUUUCAAAGAGUUAGAGAUGCCUAGAAUAUUGAAAAACAAAGACAGGAAUAGGGCCUCUAGAAUGAGUGUGAUUUGUGAAGAUUAG